AUGAAACUAUUAUUAAUUCUUGGACUUCUCCCAUUUGUUGCAUCGCAAAAUCCGCCGGGAACAGCACCGACUGCAGCCGAAAUUUUAGCUGAAAACAUCAAUGGACAAACUGUUCAUGAGUUCAGAGGCUACUACAAACGAGAACAUUCACUCAUCAAGCCAUACCUGGGAUCUGGCGCCGAUAUCCCUAACUGGAACAUCGUAGGCAGCACUUUCAUUUCUACAAACCAAAUUCGUCUCACCGCAGAUGAUCAGAGCAAGCAGGGAAGCCUUUGGAACACUCAGCCUGUCUGGUCUCGCGACUGGGAACUUCAAGUUUCUUUCAAAGUAACCGGAAGUACUGGAGAUUUGUUCGGAGACGGAAUGGCCAUUUGGUACACUUCCGAACCAAACCACUUGGGGCCAGUUUUUGGUGGAAAAGACUAUUUCCGUGGUUUGGCGGUUUUCCUGGACACGUACAGCAAUCACAAUGGACCACAUCAGCAUGGACAUCCCUUCAUUUCGGCAAUGGUAUCUGAUGGGAGCCUACACUACGACCACGACAAAGAUGGCACUCACACUCAACUCGGUGGAGAGAACACUGGAUGUACUGCCAAGUUCCGUAACAAGGAUCACGACACUCAACUUCUCAUUCGAUACGUCGGGGACACUCUUUCUAUUUUCACCGACAUUGAGAACAAGGGUAUCUGGAAUCUGUGUAUGAGCGUGAACAAUGUGCAGCUUCCAACUGGAUACUACUUCGGAAUGAGUGCUGCCACUGGAGACUUGUCUGAUGCUCAUGAUGUGGUGUCGGUUAAAAUGUUUGAGCAGGAGUUUGCUCAUGUUGAACGCGUUGGAGAGGCUGAUCGACGAAACGUGGUGCCGCACGCACAGUUCACCGCUUCUCCAAGGGACCACACCGACGAUGCGAGACCAUCUAGACUAGGAUGGGGAGGAACGAUCGCAUUAGUAGUUGUUGGAAUCAUUGUGCUCGUUGGAGGUCUUGGAUUCGGAGUAAUCUAUUUUCAAAAGAAAAACGAGCGACAGCGGAAGCGAUUCUAUUAA